GUGGGCAAGUAAGCGGAAGACGUCGGAGCGGUUGCUAUGGUCUACGUCAUCAUCGUGCGCCCGUACCCCACAUGGGAAAGCAGACUGACAUUUAACAGCCUUCAACCGCAACUAAAACACCGUAAAUGCGGGUUUUCUUUGCAGAAGUUUAAACGUAAACUCCGUCGGGACUCUAAAAUAGCGCGGCAGCCUAGAUUUCGGUUAGCUGGAUCUACUUUACGAUUGUUUUUGUAGCUUUUAGGUGCUAACGGCAUGGACGGCACUGAGGACAGCGCGAUCGAGCUCCACGGAGAUGAAGAAAUUGUUGAAGUUAUCGACCUGAAUGAGACCGAGCCCGGUCCAGGUGGGUUUAAUAACUGUGUAGCUCACUUUAGGAGACAGUAAUGUAUAAUAAAGCUGUUCUAAACAACUCCUGUUGGAAAUCUUUGUGUGAUUUUUAGAUGAUCUGGCCGAUGAUUUGGAGGAUGUUGACUUUGAGGAUGCUGGAAACGACGAUGAAGGCUGGGAGACUGAAGAUGAGAUGGAAGCUGAGGCAGAGCAAGACGACAGCGAGCUCACCUUCUCCAAACACACUGGUAGUGUUAUAGCUUAUAGUUUAAAGGGAUAUUCUGGCGUGAAAUUAAUUUAGGGUCAAACCCACCGUAACACCGAGUUACAGACACCCCCUCAAGAGAUGACUGUUGGUGACCGCUUGCUUCUCUAGUUAUAACAACUUAAGUAACGACUGCACGAUAGCAAUACACAAAGCCACAACCUCAACCAAAACGCCACUCUAUAGCCACAAAUAAUGCUCAGAACAGCACCUAACUUCAUCAACACAACUCACCUACUCUCUUCCAGCAGCAGCUUGUUUGUAGUGAGACCUCGGGCCAGUCCAUUACUGACUACAGCGGGGUGACGCAGCUCAAGGAAGAACAUUUAUGCAGAGCCGGCCAAAGCCUCAGUGGGGCCCUAAGCAAAAUUUGAUUUUGGGGCCAUCUAUCUCUGCCAAUUAUAUUGAUUGUUGAUCAUUUACACACCUUCACAAAUCUCUUUGAUUAACACAAUGUUUUUCAACCCUUUUUGAGCCAUGGUACAUUUUUUCAUUGAACAAAAUCACGAGGCACACCACCAACCAAAAAUGUUACUAAAUGACACCUAGUAGUCCAAGAUACAGGUUCAUACAACAACAAUAUAGUCUCUCAAUUUAUUCAUACUCACCCAGUGUGAAACCUGGGGCUGUAGAUUACAGCACAGACACUUGAGAAGUGAAUAUUAUUCGCAAAUAAUAAGUAAUUUAAAAAAAUAAUAAUAAAUAAACUAAAAAAGUGAAAUUGGAUAAUUUCUCAGGGUACACCUGACUGUCUGUCACGGCACACUGGUUGAAAAAACACUGGAUUAACAUUCCAUGACAUGCAAACAAACCUUUAUCUUGGCGUUUUUUCUCUUCUUCCUCUUUCUUUCCUCUGCUCCUGAAGGAUAUGUCCUUUUUUUGCGACAUUGUUUUGCCCCACAACUACCUGAGCUUUGAAUGCUCAGUGCGCAGCAGGAGGCACAUAAUGGUAGCGGAGUUUUGACAUAUUGGCAGUAAGAAUCAUAGGCCUACAUCAGCAGCAGCAAUAAAAUGUUUUUACUUCAUUUAUUUUUACAAUAAUAUGUAUUUGAUCAUACAGAAAGCAUCACUCAUACAUGCAAAAAUUAAAAAAUAUUAAAUUUUUUUUUUGGAUUGCUCUUGGGGGCCCCCUAUUGGCCGCUAAGCCCUAAGCAGGCUCUGCAUUUAUGAUCAUUACUUCAUCAUUUCCUUGAAGUAAGAAUCAUUUUGGUUGAGGUUUGUUUAUGGCUCCUCAGACCGCUGUGUAUUGCUAUUGUGCGGUCGUUAUUAAAGUUGGUAUAACUAGAGAAGCAAGCGGUCGGCAACAUUCAUCUCUCAAGGGUGUCUAAUUUAAUUUUACGUUGGAAUAUCCCUUUAAACUCUAAUCACAGGGUAAAUUUAACUUGUAAAAGAUUAAACUCUCUCCUGUCUUUCCUCGCUCCAGGGUCGGUGUUCUGUAUCAGUUUGGAUCCAGCUACAAACAGCCUGGCCGUGACCGGAGGAGAAGAUGAUAAGGCUUACGUUUGGAGGGUGAGCAAUGGAGAGGUUCUGCUGGAGUGCACAGGUAAAGUUAAGUUCCCAAAUGCAAUGGUUGGCUCAAAAGUUUUGAAUUUUGAAUUAAAACACCCGUAUGUGAUCUUUUUAUGUCUCCACAGGUCACAAAGACUCUGUAACAUGCGCCGUGUUCAGCCACGACUCGUCCCUGGUGGCCUCUGGCGACAUGAGCGGCCUGAUCAAAGUUUGGAAAGUACAAACCAAAGAAGAGAUCUGGUCCUUCGAAGUGGGAGAUCUGGAGGUGUGUGUGUAUAAGAUCCUUUAUUUACAAACCUGCAUGAACUUGGAGAUGAUGACUGAGAAUUUCCUCCUCAGUGGCUGGAGUGGCAUCCCUGCGCUCCCGUGCUGCUGGCAGGGACAGACGACGGCAACGUGUGGAUGUGGAAGAUCCCAUCUGGGGACUGUAAGACCUUCCAGAGCUCAGCGUGCCAGGCCACCUGUGGGAAAGUCCUCCCUGAUGGUGAGAGAAGACAGGAAAUAGGUCAUGAGGAAGAAAAAAAUGAGCAACUUGGGCUUUAUUGACUUCCCUGACCCACUUUUUUGGAGACUAUCUUGUUUAUUUUGGAGAGUUCAUCUGCGUUUUUCAGUCUUUGUCGAGCUGAAAUUGAUAGAAUAUGAACAAUAUUGAUAGACUGAUAGAUCGGCAGUCUUAGUCUUUUGAAAAAAGCACCUUUCCUGAGAUAAAAUGCGUAUUUUUUCCAUGUUUGUCCAGGUAAACGGGCUGUGGUUGGCUAUGACGACGGGACUGUGCGAAUUUGGGAUUUAAAACAGGGAAACGCCACCCACGUUAUUAAAGGUGAGUCUUCUCUACAUUUAACUGUCUCAAUGUUCGUGCAGCAGUCAAACAAAAACAUUUCUUAGUGUAGAAAAUGUGAUUCUCUGGGAAAGUUGAAACGGGCUGAUUUAAGGGUCACCCUCCAGAUUCGAUGUUUAAAGAGCUGAAUAUUUCCUCCAUGGUAACAGAGUUGAAUAGAAACAGCAAACACGAUAAAUUAAAGCUCUUAAGUGAGGCUAUAAACCCAUCAGGCAUGAAUCAAAUGAAGUAACAGCCUUAUAAAUUGGGCAGGAGGCGAAUAAAAUCGAUGUAUACAAAUGACAUAAGACCGUCUGUGGUCGUUAAAAACAGACAGAUGAGACUUUGCCGAUUUUACGAUCAUCAGCCUGCGUGUUUGUGCUCCAGCUGUGCAGAUUCUCAUGCACAUCUGUUUGUUUUCGUGUUGCGCAACAGGUCAGGACGGACACCAGGGGGCGCUGACCUGCCUGGCCUGCAACAAGGACGGCUCCCUGGUGCUGACGGGUUCAGUGGACGGCUGCGCGAGGCUCAUCAACACCGCCACGGGCAAGGUGGGCGACGGGGUGAAGUGUUUGAGAAUCAAGAAGUGGCGGCAGCUCGUGAGCAUAACUGUGUUUGUGUUUGAAGGCGGUGGGAUCGUUCUCUGUCGAGGGAGGAAAAGGCAAAGGGUCAAGAGACGGCCAGGAGACCAACUCGGUGGAAUCUGUUGGAUUCUGCAACAUGUAAGUGAGAGAGCGUUCUCGCUGUACUUUUGUAUGACUAGAAGAAGAGUCGCCAUGACUGUCCCGUCUCUGCUCCUCCUCCUCAGCCUGCCUCUGUUUGCCGUCGCGUUCCUGGACGGGACUCUGGCCAUAUACGACCUCUCCACGCAGGUCCUGAGGCACAGAUGCCAACAUGAGGUAAAGUCUGUAUGUGCGUUCAGUGAGGCUCCCUAAACACUCAGGAGCAGAUUCUCACCCCGCUGGACUCUGUGUACUCCAUGAAUCACCCACACUGAGGUCUGCCUGAGUUUAGUUUAAAGGACAAUUGCAACCUUUUUUAAAGCCUGUAUGCUUCGACGUCACUUUUAAACUAAUAGUGAGCUGGAAACUAAAAGAAAUCAGCUGUUUUAAAAUAAUUUCCAUGUUCUCUCAAGGCCGGCAUUGUUCACCUGCAGUGGGAGGAGUCUUCUUCUGUGGUGUCAACGUGCUGCUUAGAUGGAGCGCUGCGCUUAUGGGAUGCCAGAUCGGGGAAUAUGGUGUCGGAGUACCACGGUCACACGGCAGAGAUCCUGGACUUCUCCAUCAACAGGUGCGGCUCACACACUCUGCUCCCUCAGAUUCAACUUUUCAGUCCUUAAAUGUUGUGGAUUUGAUCUUUUCUUUGUCUUCUUCAGGGAAGCGUCCAUCGCUGUAACCGCCUCAGGAGACAACCGAGCGAAAGUCUUCUGCCUCCAAAGACCUGAUCGAUAAAGAAAUCAAGAAGAAAACAAACAUUCAAGAGAUCUAAGAAAGACUUUAUGUCCCCGAAUCACAGAGAACAUUCUCCCCUUUCUCCUCAGGAUUUUAAGAAGUCACGUUUUGCCACCAUCAGACACUUUGUCUCCAGCGAAGAAAAGCCACGUUUAUGUUUUUGGCAGACACUCAAACUCCCUCAUUACUUUCUUAUACUUUUCUUGUCGAGAGAUUAAACAGAGAGAUCUUCAAAGUGUGAUAAAUAACGCUGUUCUCAGCCUUUGACAUCCCCUUUUCAUCCUUUGCCAAAAUGUUGUAGUUGAGAUAAAACAGAAGACUCAAAAGAGAAAGUUUCUUUGGCCUCGGUUAGAAUUUGUGUCUGUUUUCAAGUUUCUCAAAGUUCUAGUUUUCCUCGAGUGUGUGUGGCCUUAAAUCUCUCAGACUGUACAGGAAGGAAUCGUCUCUUCUGAUGUACUCCCAAGUGUAAAUACAAAAAAAUAAAUAAUUUACUCCCUCCUGGUUGA